AUGGCCUUCACGGGAUGCUUGUGCGCGGCAGCAGGCAUACCCUCCAGCACCCACACUCUCGCAACCCCGACUCUCUGGACGGCGGAUCCGCCGCGGCGCAGUUGAGGAUACUCGCCUGGCUCAGCCGGCGAGUGCUCCCACUGUUAGCUCUCGCGUAGGCCCCUCCGCCUUCCAAUGGUAGUUGAGCAACUUCAAAGCCACUCGGUUCUUCUGCGCAACGGAGUCGCAACCCGCCAAUGACACUUGCAACCACCCACUGAACACAUUCAUUGCCGCCCUUCAACCGCCCCUCGCGUUCCUGCAUGCGCAUCUGCAGGAAGCCCGACUCAGGCGCAGACCUGGCCAGGGCCGCCCUUACCUCGCUCUCGUCCUCUCUCGCCCUUGUUCUCGCCCUCGCGUCUGCCCGCGUCUUCGCCCAAGCACUCUCGCCAGUGCCCGCUAGCAACCACACCCUCCGUCUUGCCCUCGCGCCGCCCCUCUUGCCCUCGCGCCGCCCUCGCCUUACUGGGACUGGCAGGUACCAACAUGUUGCGGCGGCGAGUUCGUUGCGUUCCGGAGAUGCAGGGCUCGGAAACCGAAGUACUAGGGGAAGGAGUGCCAGAGCCUGGCAUGGAGGGAGGGCCACCGGAUCUAGUACAGCGCGAACGACCACGAGGAGGACGGCGACCACCACGCCGACGCGGACGGGCCAGAACGCGUCGGCAGGUACGGUCAUAUUAGAUGGGACGGUGGACAUACUGGGGGGCGCGGCCCCCCAGCGGCACGCGAGCGCGAAAGACAUAGCUGUACGGCGACGGACGUGCUUCGCCGAGAGCAAAUGAUGGUUGCCGCGAGGAUGGGCACGACUCUCAUGCGCUCGGGGGCUCCAGUUGACCUCAGUCGGGAACCCAGACGACAUGAUGCUGGGCUAGCUGCCCGAGCUGUACGUUCGCCCCGUUUUGCCCGACGCCCAUGCUCUGCCGCGCAAACCACCUUGCACUGCACUCGCUCUCCCAGACUUGCUGUACGU